AUGUUUCAGCAGCCGGCUACCGUGGGUCAGCAGUACUGGCCUCCUGGCCAGAUCACCACCACGUCCUUUGCGGCCGGAGGUCGCUACCCUCAGCCCAACCCGGUCAUUGACCCAAGAGUGCCGGCAGCAAACCUGAGCAAUAGCACGGGUGGUGUCGGCUGUGAGCCAGGCUACAACUACUUCUUUCCCGCGGAGCAUACGAAGAUCCAUGUCUUCCGCACUGGAGCCACGCCGCCGUGGCAGCUGCCUCCGAACUUUACCAUCCCCUUUCACGCCCUGCAUGUGCCCACCAAUACUACCAUCGCGGAGCUGCUGAAGGGGUUUGGCGCCAACAAUCCUUCCUCGAAGAAGAACGUCAUCUUCGAAUGCCACCAGGGAGGCAACGGCCGCUGGUAUCGAGGUAUGGUCAUUAGCGGCGACCAGAAGGAUCGGCUGACGACGCCCAUCAAGGAUCUUGGCUGGGACGCGACCCGUACUGGUCUGAGGGGUGGAAAGCCUGUUGUUUACCUGUAUGUCACUAAGGAUUGA